GAUCAAGUUUCCAUUGGGUUUCCUGUGGUAUAUUCAAUAUGGCGGAAGGAGGUGAGUCAGCAGGAAUUGCACAAAGUUCAAACAUGGCUUCACUUGGUCUUCGAGCAGUUCUUGUAGGAGCGACAGGUGCAAUAGGUGAAUGUGUUCUUGGAGAGCUAAUUUGUUCCAAGAAUUUUUCUAGUAUUGUUGUUCUUGGGAGACGUGAGGCAACUGCACCAAGCUCUUACAAUGCUGACCAAAAAGCUGAACAGGAGAGUGGCAGACUAAAACAACAUGCCAUUGAUUUUGAGAAGAUAACUAAUGAUACUGUUGGGGAAUAUUUCAAGGAGAAAGAUGUAUUCUUUUGUACUCUUGGUACAACAAGAAGAGUUGCAGGUUCAGCAGAAGCAUUUCGUCACAUUGAUUAUGAUUAUGUCGUCAACUGCGCAAAAGUUGCGAAGGAUUCUGGYGUCAAGUUUGUUACCUAUGUGUCUUCACAAGGUGCUAAUGCAAAUAGUUGGUUCUUGUAUCCUAAGRUCAAGGGACAGGUAGAGGAAGCUUUGAAAGAAAUGAAGUUCCAGUCGACAAGUAUCUAUAGACCUGGACUUCUUGGUCGAGGACAAAAAAAUAGAACAGUUGAAAAAGUUGCAGCAUGGGUAAUGAAACCUAUUCCGGUUGCAACUGUUGCACGUGCAAUGAGGAUUGAAGCUGAGCAGUUCUUCGCGAAAAAGCAGGAAGCCCAAGAACAGCAGAACCUUUAUUUCAAUGCUGAUAUCAUAGCUCUCAGCGCUCAUACAUAAUUACUACCAUAAACAUGUAAUGCAUAAUUGGAAUGUUGUAAAGUUCAAUGUUUAAGAAAUAUAAAACGACGUGUCUCUGUCCUCUGAUAUAAACACGGUGGGAGUUCGAAAAACACGAGAGAAGCAAGCUUAGGAACACGAGCGUAGCGAGAAGUGGAAGUUUGGUAAAUAGUAUAAUCCAACAACAAAAAUUACAAUUGGCAGUGCAUCAAACUGCUUCUCCGRGCGAUCAGAAAGCAAGAAAAAUAAAUUAUACAAUUAUCAUAAUCAUUGCAAAUAUUGGGACAAUGCAAACGUAGAUGGUACAAAGCACCAAAUAAAAUCUUCUGCCUGUC